AUGGCCACAAACACAUGCCUUUAUCUUCCCGCCACUCUCAAUUUCCGAAGGAAAAUCAAUAAUGUCACCCGUUCGUCCCUCACAGACCAAUCACAAGCCCAAUCCGCUUCCCAAACUGCCAAGCGCCACCUCCUUCGCCUCAUUUCCGACCAAGACCGCGGCCUCAGAACUCAAUCGGAUCCCCAAAAGCUCUCGCAGAUAAUUGAAGCCGUCGAUUCUCUAGCCGCAAUUGGCAAAGAUACUGUCACCACCGGCGACUCCCUCUCCGCCACGUGGCGCAUGCUCUGGACCACCGAGAAAGAACAACUGUUCAUAAUUAAGAAUGCUUCGUUUUUUGGUACCGCCGCCGGCGAUGUUUUGCAGGUGAUCGAUGUGGAGAAGAAGAGUCUGAAUAAUGUUAUCACUUUUCCUCCGGAUGGAGUCUUCUUUGUUCGGUCUGAUAUUCAAAUAGCAUCAGCUCAACGAGUGAAUUUCCAAUUUACAAGUGCAGUUCUAAGAGGGAAGGGUUGGGAGUUUCCUCUGCCACCAUUUGGGCAGGGUUGGUAA